GCUCCACAUGUCCAGGAGCGGGAAACUCCCGAGAGGCCGUCACCGCCUCUUCACGCGUCCGUGGCUGCCGCGCGGUGACUGCGUCUUCCUUAGACUUUGCCCUCCUCAGGAGAGGCGCCGUUCCCUGCCGCCCUCCUUCCUUGCGCCUUCCCGAGGGAGGCGGCUCCCAUCGUCCUCCGUCGCGUUUUUACCGAGGCGAGGGGGAGACUUGCCCUCGAAGCUUCUGCGGCGUUCAGACGUCGCGGCGCCCGGGGCGGGGGUGGCCGAGACUCGUUUCGGUGGCGUUUCACUAUCAGCCAUUUUCACGGUCUGGCUCUGCCCGCAGGUUCCAAUGGCCGAGGAGGCGCAGGUGCCAUUGAACCCAUUGUUGGAGGAGCCCGUGGGGCUGGAGGAUGUGGCUGUGUAUUUCGCCCAGGAGGAGUGGGGGCUGCUCAGUGGUCCCCAAGACGUGAUGCUGGAGAACUUUGCACUCAGCAGCUCACUGAGUAAGUCGCACACUCUCCCUGCACGUUGA